CCCCGCCGGGCCCCGCCCCCCGCCGAGUGCAUGAGGUUGACGCUACUUUGUUGCACCUGGAGGGACGAACGUAUGGGAGAGGAAGGAAGCGAGUUGCCCGUGUGUGCAAGCUGCGGCCAGAGGAUCUAUGACGGCCAGUACCUCCAGGCCCUGAACGCUGACUGGCACGCAGACUGCUUCAGGUGUUGUGAAUGCAGUAUCUCCCUCUCACACCAGUACUAUGAAAAGGAUGGGCAGCUCUUCUGCAAGAAGGACUACUGGGCCCGCUAUGGCGAGUCUUGCCAUGGGUGCUCUGAACACAUCACCAAGGGGCUGGUCAUGGUGGCGGGGGAGCUGAAGUACCACCCAGAGUGCUUCAUCUGCCUCACCUGUGGGACCUUCAUCGGUGACGGGGACACCUACACGCUGGUGGAGCACUCCAAGCUGUACUGUGGGCACUGCUACUACCAGACUGUGGUGACCCCCGUCAUCGAGCAGAUCCUGCCUGACUCCCCCAGCUCCCACCUGCCCCACACAGUAACUCUCGUAUCCAUCCCAGCCUCAACUCACGGCAAACGUGGCCUCUCGGUCUCUAUUGAUCCUCCUCAUGGCCCGCCAGGCUGCGGCACAGAGCACUCCCACACGGUUCGCGUCCAGGGAGUGGACCCAGGCUGCAUGAGCCCCGAUGUGAAGAAUUCCAUCCACGUCGGAGACCGGAUCCUAGAGAUCAAUGGUACUCCCAUCCGGAACGUGCCCCUGGAUGAGAUUGAUCUGCUGAUCCAGGAAACCAGCCGCCUGCUCCAGCUGACUCUUGAGCACGACCCCCACGACACAUUGGGCCAUGGGCCAGAACCUGAGCCCAGCCCUCUGGUCUCCCCAGCUCACACACCCAGUGGGGAGGCUGGCAGCUCCGGCCGGCAGAAGCCCAUCCUGAGGAGCUGCAGUAUCGACAGGUCUCCAGGUGCCGGCUCACUGAGCUCCCCAGCCUCCCAGCGCAAGGACCUGGGUCGCUCCGAAUCCCUCCGUGUGGUUUGCCGACCACACCGCAUCUUCCGGCCUUCUGACCUCAUCCAUGGCGAAGUGCUGGGCAAGGGCUGCUUCGGCCAGGCCAUCAAGGUGACGCACCGGGAGACAGGCGAGGUGAUGGUGAUGAAGGAGCUGAUCCGGUUCGACGAGGAAACCCAGAGGACAUUCCUCAAGGAGGUGAAGGUCAUGCGAUGCCUGGAGCACCCCAAUGUGCUCAAGUUCAUUGGGGUGCUAUACAAGGACAAGAGGCUCAACUUCAUCACCGAGUACAUCAAGGGCGGCACACUCCGUGGCAUCAUCAAGAGCAUGGACAGCCAGUACCCCUGGAGCCAGAGGGUGAGCUUCGCCAAGGACAUCGCUUCAGGGAUGGCCUACCUCCACUCCAUGAACAUCAUCCAUCGGGACCUCAACUCCCAUAACUGCCUGGUCCGAGAGAACAAGAAUGUGGUAGUGGCUGACUUCGGGCUAGCACGGCUCAUGGUGGAAGAAAAGACAAAGUCUGAUGACCUGCGAAGCCUUAAGAAGCCAGACCGCAAGAAGCGCUACACAGUGGUGGGCAACCCCUACUGGAUGGCGCCCGAGAUGAUCAAUGGCCGCAGCUAUGAUGAGAAGGUGGAUGUGUUUUCCUUUGGAAUCGUCCUGUGCGAGAUCAUCGGGCGUGUGAACGCUGACCCCGACUACCUGCCCCGCACCAUGGACUUUGGUCUCAAUGUUCGAGGCUUCCUGGACCGCUACUGCCCCCCAAACUGCCCCCCAAGCUUCUUCCCCAUCACUGUACGCUGCUGUGACCUGGACCCUGAGAAGAGACCCUCCUUCAUAAAGCUGGAGCAGUGGCUGGAGACCCUCCGCAUGCACUUGGCCGGCCACCUGCCACUGGGCACACAGCUGGAGCAGCUGGACAGGGGCUUCUGGGAGACCUACCGGCGUGGUGAAAGUGGACUGCCUGCCCACCCCGAGGUCCCUGACUGAGCCCGGCCCACUCAGCUACCUUGGCCCCCACCUCCAGAGAAUCCACCCUGCACCAGAUUCCUCUGCAGGAGGUGGCUGGGUGUGGCACUCUCAGCCCGGCAGCAGGCACCCAGCCCCUCCUGAGCACCAGGCCCUGACUCGCCUUCUCUUGCCCUGGGAGCCAUAGCUCCUGCCUUGUCUCUGUCCCUGGCCCUGAGCUGGUCCAGCUGCACACACACCAUCACCUCACCCUGCCUUACCUCUGUCUUAGUGGGGCCGCUCCGCCUCUCGCUUCUCCUUGCAUGAGCUGGAGGGCCCAUGUGAGUUGUGUCCCAUGCCACGCGCCACCAUCCUAUGCAUGCUCCACCAUCUGUAGGUCAUGCAGGGGCGGCUGGAGGACGCCUCAGACCAGGCCUCCCCAGGAAGGUGUGUUGCACAGGAGAGGCCAUAUUCCUAGGAGCCAGAUGGGGAAUCUGGGGCCUGUUACCCCCAGGCAGUGCCCAGGUAGCUGCAGGUAUUGGUAGUUAUCCAAACCCCUAAUGCAGAGAGACGUCUGCUCCUGUUGGGUAAAACCCCUAUGUCCAGGUAGCUGCUCUCUCUUGCUUUGGGUCAUUUUGUUUCUUUAUUGAAACCACUUUAGUCAGAAGCAGGUACCAGGGUGAGGAGAGGGGAGCUGUGGCCUCUAGGCCAGAGCUGCAGGGGGGAGCAGCAGAGAGAGGUUGGGCAGAGCGGACAAGGAAAGUCCACCAGCAUCUCAGCCCCUGAAGUUCAUCUCAGUGCCCCCCCAGGCCUCUCCUCGAGGCUUCCUGCCGGUGGCUGGAGCUGCCCCCGCAUCCCCUCCCCAGUGUCCCUCUGUCCUCUGGGUUCUUUCUGUGUAAUCUAUUUUUUAAGGAGAGUUUGUAUUAUUUUUUCAUACGGCUGCAGCAGCAGCUGCCUGGGGCUUGGGGUUUUAUUUUUUUGGCGGGCGGGGGCGGGAGGGCCAUUUUGUCACUUUGCCUCAGUUGAGCAUCUAGAAAGUAUUAAAAACUGUGAAACCUUCUCAGUGCACUUUGAACCUGGAAAACAAUUUUAAACAGGCCCAUGGGACUACCACUCAGGGAGGUGAGACAGUCACCUCCAUCCAGGAAUUGUCAUGUCUAAGGAGCAAAACCCAGACACAGAACAAUAAAUAAAUUCUGUAUUCCCCACCCAGACCCCAUGUUGCCAUGUGUGUCCCGGGGCCCCAUAGAAAUAGGACAAGAGAGGAACUUGUGCCUAGAGGCCUGGUGGAAGAUGGGAGGAGUGUAGGCAGUGGACACCCAGGACAGGAGAGUCUGACCUCAGCCCAGUGUUGUGUAGUACAGGUAGCUCAGCUGGGACAAGUCCAGACUUUUCCAAAUUUCCUGGGUUGUGGAAGGAGAACAGGGAGGCACUAAGGAGUGUUUUGCUUUCUUUUAAUGUUUUCUUCCUGAAACUGAAAGCAUCCUAUCAAGAAAACAGAAACCACACUAGUUACUCAAAUAUAGGGCAUUUAAUCCAGGGACAUACUUACACUGCUGCUGGAAGACAUUUGAUUGGUAGGAUGUGAAUACUGGGGUAACCCAGAGAUAAUGAACUGCAGGAAGCAUUUAAGAAACAUGGUUACUUGAGUUAUUGAUUUGCUUAACAUACCACCCUUUCAACUUGAUGGCUUAAAAUAACAGCAAUCGCUCCUUACACUUUCUCUGUCAAGAAUAUUGGGAGCACCUUGGUGGGUAGUUCGGUCUGGUGUCUCCUGAGGUGGGUGGGUGGUUUUCACCUGGGGUCUCUCCUGUUGUUUUGGUCAGUUAUUGGGGCUGCAGAGUCUGAGGCAUGAUGAGGGCCAGAGGACUAAAGAGCCUUGCCCGGGGUUCACUCACGCGACUGGCAAGUUGAUGCUGGUGUCAGUGGGAGGCUCAGUCCUGCUCAGGGCAUUUUGUCCUCACAGCAGCCUCUAGGGUGAACAUACCAUGAGAGCAAAGCAGAAGCACCAUGUCUUUUAUGACCUAGUCUCAGAAGUCACGCGGCAUCAUGUCAUGAUAUUCCAUUGGUCACAGAGGCCAACCUUGAUUAGGUGUGGGAGAGGACCAUACAAGGUCACAAAUACCAGGGCCAGGCGGGGUCACAGGGGCUAAUCUUGGACACUGGGUUGGAACUUGGAGGAAGGAACCCAUUGGGACCAGUGCUUGCAUUUUUUAUGAGUUGGGGGUGAGGGUUGGACUCAAAGCAGUUGGUGCUGGAAGCUCUAAGAAGAUCUUACCAAUCAAUGAAGCAAUUGGACAUUUGAGUUUUCAACUUUUGGCUAUUACAAGUAAUGCAACUAUGAACAUCCAUGUGCAGACUUGAGACAGAAUAAUAUGUACUGAUCCAUCUUCAAGUUUGCAAAGGCUUUUUUCUAUCAGCUCAAACCUGAUAUUCCAUUUUUUUACAAGCCCCUUCAACAAAAAGAUGACUCACUGAGGCAGUUUUUGGCAAUGAAGUCAUUUUUAAUUAAGGGCCCAGUGGGAGAUAACUGAGAACCCCCUCAAGAUGGUUUCUAUCCUUUGGAUCUCACCUUGAGGUGACUUUGGACUGGGACACUUUGGAAUAAAAAAAAUGUCCCGCGGCAGUGCUGGUGGCCAUGGUUCCCGUAGC